AUGCCGGGUACACAUACAUUCUACGAUGGCUCGACUGUUUUACAACCAAUUGCUGAUGCGACUGGCCUUGAAGUUGACAAGGUCAACUUGCUUUUAUGUCAGCUCACAUCGUUACCAUUAGCUUAUCUUCACUAUUGUACAUUUUCAUCAACUCGAUUUUCGCGAACAAUACGUGUUGCAUGCCCUACCAUUUUGGGUUUAAUAUUUUGUUAUUUUUGUUUUGGAAAAAUCAACGUACAUCUUUUCAGUGCACUGAAGCAUUUGAUAUUAUUAGUUGGCUUGUCGUAUGCAAUUAUGCGUCUCUCUCCACCAAAAAUUGUACACAUAUGUAUAUUUAUAUUCGCUAUGGGUUACCUCGUUUUCCUACAUUGGUAUCGCUGGUAUGUAUUGACUGCUUACUAUCUUGAUGUUACCGGUCCAAUGAUGAUACUCGUUCAAAAGCUUACAGUGCUUGCUUUUACUUUACAUGACGGAAGAAUAAAGAAAAGCGAAGAGUUAAAUGAUUUGCAGAAAAAAGAAGCCCUGACAUCAGUACCUGAUAUUUUGAGCUUUCUGAGUUACAUGUUUCACUUUCAAGCAGUUUUAACAGGACCAGCUUGUUUUUAUACGGAUUACAUGGCGUGGAUUAAUGGAGCAGCUGCUGUUGGUAAAGAUGGAAAGAUUGAAAAGCCCUGGCGUGCAGUAUUAACUAAAUUAUUACAAGCGACAGUGUUCAUGUUGUUAUAUGUUUUUUUUGGUGAUUGUUUUACUCCUGAUAUUAUCAUCGAUAAAUAUAUGAACGUGAAUUGGGUCCAUUGGUUAUUUGUAUUGUAUGUUGUAAUGGCUUUUCAACGUGUGCCAUAUUAUGUUGCAUGGACUUUGGGUUAG